AAACACGUGAAAUAAAUUUGCAAAAUCGAACACAGACUAUUAGUCUCCGUUACGUUGAAGGCAAAUCGUGUGCCGUCAUGCCUGCUGCGUCGUCAAAACCAACCCUUCAAAAUGCCCCGAAAGAGGGCCAAGAUUUCCCCCAGCAACUUAUGGCAAUGAUAGAGAAGAAGAUCCGCAACUUGGAGAAGAGAAAGAUGAAGUUGCAGCAAUACCAGAAUAUGGUCCAGGCUGGCCAAGACCUGACCAAGGACCAGGUCCAGGCCGCCUCCCACUUUGACGAGGUCUGCAGCAACCUAGACUUCGCCAAGGAGCUGCAGAAGACCUUUCAGACCACCAUCAACGAGAAUGCCAAGCAGCAGAAGAAGCAGGCCAAGCGAGAGAGCGCCUUCCGGCACGAGCAGGAGCUGCAGCGCAUCCGCGACGUCAUCCUACUCAACAACGUGCUGAACCACCUGGGCACGGACCACGUGCGCAAUGACUUCCUGAGCGGCAACAACGGCGCCGUGAAAUUGAUGGAUGAUCAGGUGAGCCAUCUGGACGAGUUCUACAAGCUGGUCAACCCGUCGAGAGAGGGCGAAGAAGAGGGGGAAGGGAAGGAAAGGAGUUCCGCGAGCUUUGAGACGAAGCUGUCGGAGGCCAGCGAACACCUGAACAGCUACAUCAAAGAGGAAGAGAAGGUGGUGCUUGGGACAACCUACAAAGACUUGAAGGCGCUCGUCCAGGAAAUAAACCAGUGUGGUUACCUUGACAACAUCCCGGCCCCGCCCGAAGAGGAAGCUGUCUGUGAGGGGGAGGAGGAAGCCACGCCCCCAGCCACACAGGGAUCAGGAAAUGCUGAGGAGACGCCUGAGGAAGACUACAUCAUUGUCCAGCAGGAUCAGGUCCCUCCACCUGAGGCUCCUGAGGUGAUUUCCUCCCUGCCGCCGUCCGUCCCCACUCCCCAGGAGGAGCCACCGGCGGCUGCCAUGCCCCGGGUACAGGGGGGCGUGGACCAUGAGACCUUCCCCAAGCCCAUCGAGAUGCCCCCGGCCAAGCUCAAGACCCAAGGCUCGGACAUCCUGGCCGCGGUCCAGCAGGGGAGCUUCAAUUUCAUGCAGGACUCCAUGCUGGACUACGAUGCCCCUCACAUUGACCCGGCCGUUGUCGCCACCGGCCAGUCCUACCUUCCAUCCCAGGGAUACAGCGCCCUCAACCACCCGCCAGCCGUCAAUGCGGAACAAUCCAUACCGCAGCAUCAAACUCUGGACCAGCUCUCCCAGGCCCAAGCCAUGGAUCUCCCCCUGUCAGACCCCGCCCACCCCUCCUCCCUCCCAACACACCCCGCGUAUGAGUCUCAGACAACCGGUCUGGUGUCGGACCCCAGUUAUGGCAUGCCCUCACCGUACGAAACCCAGCAACACCAACAGCAGCAGCAACAGCAGCAAGCUAGCCUUGCACAACAGCAGCAACAGCAACAACCACCAAGCCUGGGCCACCAAGGCUUGGGCCAGCAGGGCCUGGGCCAAUCACCUCUGGGACAGCCGGCAGCCGGCUUGAGCGGGCAGCGGAGCCACACAGGCCAGCAGAGCGGACUCGGGGUUCAGCAGACACUGGACGGAAUGACGCAAACGCAGACGAUGAUGUCGACGCAACAGCAGCCACCCAAGCGGGCCGACCUACCGGAAUUUCCCAGUCCGCCCGUCGACGCACAACUCACAAAACCAGAGGAAAAGUCAUCCAGUUUGCAAGCAUCAAUGCUUGGUCAACACACUGCCGGCAUGGGUGCUGGGAGCAGUUACUCACAGUCGAUAACAUCGCAGACCCUUUCAGCAGACCCAGCCAACCAGCACACGUCACAGAUGGUCCCCCCGCCCUCUCUCACCGACCACCCCACCGCUGCCGCCACACUGCAGCACCACGACCUGUCGGCGGCGGCGGCGGCAGCCUCCAGCAGCACCCUGACUCCCAAGUCCACCAUGAACGCUAGCGCCCCACCCUUUCAGAUGACCUCCAACUCGGCCCGCUCCUCGCCCCAGAUGCAGGCCAUGCAGCAGUCCGGCGCCCUCGACCAGCAGCAGCAGCAGCAGGCCCCGUCGCAGACGGACAUGGGCACAUUCCAGACGGCGGACCCAGCGGCGGUAGUGCCUGCCACACCGGCGGAGAAGAUAGUGGAGCGGGACAGCCCCAAACCUGAGACGGCGACGACGAUUCCGUCGCAGCAAAGGGAGCAAGAGGAAAGCGCAGAACAGCCGUCAGACAGCCAACCCAGUGAUUCAACAGCACAAUCGUCGUAUACCUCCUACCCAUCCUACCAAUCCAAUUCCUACCGAGGCAACGGGCGGGGCAACCCAAGAGCGUUGAGGGGCGGCGGCAUGAACAGCACCGGUUUCCGCGGCAGCAGGGGUGGUGGCAUGCCAUACAUGGGCGGGCGGUCCACUGGGAGGUACCCGGCCAAUCCCAACCCGAGCCCAAGGGGCCCUGGAGGUUACAACAGCUACAUCCCCAGAGACAACUUUCAGCAGCGGGCGCCCGACCUGCCCUUCGGCAACACCAGUCCCAACUUCAGCACCUUCGGCCGGGCCCAGGACCCCAACUUUGCUUACAACCGGAGGGUGGCACUCCCACGGGGCUCCCCGAGAGGAACGCGCGGAGGGCCGGCAGCGGUCCGAGGACAGGCCAACUUCCGAGGCCGGGGUGGGAGUAGCGGUUACAAGCCACAGGUGACCGUUUAGGACCUCUUACCAAGUUACAGACAGAGAGGGUAUUUCAGUCUUUGGAGAGACAAAUUUUUGAAGGAUAAACUGUCCUUCUACUCCCUUCCCCCCCCCCACUCGUGAGCUUUCCUGGUUCCAUGUUUUUCCACAGUCCUGUUUUGUAGGAAAUCGUAACCUCCCCCCCCCGUAGGUCCAGUGCACAAAAGUUUGGGCAUGUGCCCCUUCUGUAGUGGCCAUAUUAGAUCAGUUCCACAAAUCUUUCUUUGUUAUUGUCACCAGACUUCAUGGUUGCAUCAUAGGGACCAGACUCGUUUGCCUGAAACAUACAGGUACCUUCUGUAUGGUGUCCCUGCCAGCUUGUCUGGCUCCCUGAAGACAGGGGAGCAUUUCACCAAAAAAAGUGCUAGACUGAAUAUAUUCAAGGACCUGUCGCCUUUGUGCAGCCAGGCAAAUGCUGUGCCAAGUUUUACAUAGACCACAAAAUGCAUCAAUAAAACUGUUUCAAAAGUUGCUCUAAAACUACAACUAUGUGAAGUCCAGAGUUUGUUGCCGUGGAGAGAUUUUGAAAGGGAACUAAUGUGGCCACUGCAGGACACAGCAUUCGGUGGGAGAGAGAAACUUAUAGUCCCCUGAUACUCAGUUUCUUGGAAGGGGGUUAGCAAUAACGAAAGUAUGCAAAAAAAGCAGAAUUUCACCUCUGACCCGAAGACUGCAGAAAGCCCCCCCUUUUUAUACAUCGUAGAUCUCAUCCACUUCCCCCCCACUACCACCUUUCAGUUUGAGAAUAGCAGUGCCGAUAGAUCACCCUGGCGUAGCCGUAGACUUAUUUAUGGAAAAACAAGUUUGUGCGUCUGCGUGAUUGUUCCAGUUUUUACCAUCGGCCGGAAAACAAGUCAGUCUUCUUUUUUGCAACAAGUUUUUGCAACAAGUUGAAUUCGAGCAAAGUCCUUGUAUCUCUGCUUCCUGGCCUGCAGCGCCAUCAGACAGUGGCUCUUGUUUUGUCAUUUUUCUUCUUUCGGUGCCACCUUUCGGAAAAAGAAAAGUGAUGAAAUCAUAGUUUCCAUUGGAGGAUUUUUUUUUUCUUGGCAGUAAAGGCAGCAGGCGACGGUUGUAGCAGUUUUCAGUUUACGAAGGCGCUCUUUUUUGUUUUUUUUUGGCUAAGAUGUGAAGGAGUGUGGAGUCUUUUUCUCUGGUCUUGAUGGGCAAGCUGUUGAGGCAGCAAAAUUGGUCAGUGAAGCCACUUAAUUGGCCACUUUGGCCACUGUUUCCUCGGCCAUAUCUUGGGCCACUGUGGCCACUGAUGUGGAUGUGGCUGGGUUUGUGUCUACUAUGGUAAACUUAGGUUGUUUAAUUUGGCUUUGUUGGCCUUUGAGUUGGCUACCAUUGGGCAGGCCACGUAGUUACAGUGGCCUUCAUAGUGGCUGCCACUCUGGCCGCUACGAAUUCAGAAUCGUCCAUGUGGCUGAAAGAAAGUCCGCUGGAUGGACAAAGAAUUCCUUGGAAAAGGUACUUUGUUGCAAGCCACUUUGCCCAAGUUAUCUUCCCUCUUUCCGUCAAGUCCAGAGAAAAAAAAAGGAACUGUUUAAACAUCUCGAUGAACAGAGAUUUAUCAAGUGAUUUUUUUUGUAAGUAUUUUCUUUGUUUUUUUGUAUAUUAACUGUUUUGUAGUUGCCAUCCUGGCAUAAAAAAUAGCCCUUUGUACUGGUGACAUUCCUCAGUGUUUAAGUUGUUUGGGGAUCAUCGAUGGGGUGCAGAUGACCCCCAGUGUGCUGUGAGUCGGGACAAUGGCUGGCAGACAUACAAGUCACAUUUGAUCACAAGAAAGCAAAAGACACAACCUGAGCAUUUCCAGUUGUGGAAGAAUAAUUCUCUGGGAGGUUUUAAUAAAAUGGACGGUUAUUAAAAAAAAGUUUCUUUUUGAACCAGAGGCAAUUAUACUUGUGCUGAUGAUAGUGCUGUAUGCCGAUAUAUGCACCGAUGGCCCCAUAUUCUGUUCUGACUGUGCUGUAAAUACCAUAUUGUGUCAUCUGUGCAUAGGGUUAUUAUAAAUUUUGUAACAGAAGUGUAAUACCUUUGCAUAACAUGCCGGUUUUCUGCUUCUCUCCCGUGUUCAUCAUGUCAAAUUCUGCCUGUUUGAAAUGGUGGUGUCGGCUAGGAAAAGAUACGGUGCAUUGUUGGGGACACAUCAGCUGGAAUCUUUUCCACGGGGGUGAGGAAAUCAAACAUGCACAGAGGUAGCAGUCAUUGUCCUGGAAGGUGUCUUGGGGGCAGGCGACGCCGACCUUCUCGUUCGCAUGUCUGCCUAGUGUAAAUGUUAGCAGGAAACCAGUCGCUAGCAGGAAGUGUAAACUGCGCUUUGACUGGUAACCAUUUUUGCUUUUCAAUACAGAGUAAGUUCAGUGACUGUAUACCUCUGUGAAAUAUAAGCACCACAGUUUCAAAGACGGAAGUCUGUGUUUACCUUGAAAACUGCUUGCCGUCUUCUUUAAUGUAAAGGAUUAUUAGACAUUAUGCAAAGGUAAUACUCUCAUAUUUAUAAAAGUAAAAUCAUUUUUUUGUAUCAGACGAUAAGUUUCACGUAUUAAAUGAACAUAUUUCAUCUGUUCAUGUGUUUCCUCAUAGAAUUGGGCAAACACCGAGCUUGUGCAAAGUUUGAUUUUUGGAAGUCCUGGUCAUACCAGUGAAUUUCUUGUGCACAAUUUCUUUUCUGUGUCCUUAAUUUGGUAAUAUAAGAAAAGUGUAAAUUUGCUCAUAAACUCACGCCAAAGUGGCCAUAUCACAACAUUGUUGGCCAGAAGUAGAAAGGGAAAUUUGCUUAAGUUUUCCAGCCGGUUUUUGUCAGUUUUUGUUUUGUUACGUCUUAUUUCUGUUGUGAUUUUUUUCCUGUACAUUUAUCUCCCUUCAUGAAAGUGAAGCUUGGUCCCUUGGGACUUGACCGAUUUCUUUUCAAAUGUGUUAGUUAAAAUGAAGGAGCAUGUUUUCCACUGUGUGUUUCUUUCUCUGCCACUUUAAUUGGCUAAUCAGUCUGUAUUGUAACCAAUUCAUUGUUCAAUAUUUGAUAUUGAAUAAUAAAAGCUUCCCGUUGAUGAAAACUGU